GUUGAACGUUUCGGGUGCAAUUCCUGGUGUUGGUCCCAUAUACGGAUUUUUUAAAACAAAAAAUUGUAGUUAAGAGUGGUCUUGCUAGAUUGUUGUUUCUAGCAUUAAAGUUGGGACUUGUGUUGUUUUAUGAUCUUUUGAUUUUUGCAUUUUGAUUUUUUUUAUCUUCUAAACUCUAGAGUGGUGUUUCGUUCGAAAGGAAGACAACUGAUUCGGUUAGUCUGGGUGUGGGUUUGGUUUCUCUUUUUUGUGCGGUUAACUGGUCGGUCUUUUGUGAAGGAAAAAAUACAAGGUGAGCCGGAAUUGGUUGAAAGGGUGCUUCACGAUUUUAUUGGCGUCGUUACCAACAACAAAGUGCGUUUAAUUCAAACCGGGGGUAGUGGAGCUGGACGGAUUCCGGAGGUGUAGCUCAGGGUGCAACAUCGAAAUUGCAUUUUCGCGUUUAUCCCGUCUCUCUUGAUCCAAAGUGGGGAAACAGUCGGAUGUUAUCAAAAAGGAAGGUGAAAGAGUAACAAGCGAAAAAAGUGAUCCCAAACCGUAAUCUGCCAGCUGCGAGUAGUGUCAAUCAGGGAAGGGAUCCGACCACAGCCCCCUGAAACCGGAAGUAAAAGGAAGGCGGAACGCGAGAAAAAAAAACGCCUGGGGUUAUACACGCAUUCACCGGAAACGAGAACGUGAAACCGACAGGUGGGAUAACAACAGAAGUGUAGCGAAAAAAAUCAACAAAAAAAAACCUGUCCCGGAUUAUUAUGGAAAUACCGACCGUCAUGGAUGGAAUGCUGAAGAACUCGAUGGCCGCGACCCUGCACGACGAUCGGUCCUCGCGAAACAGCAACAGUAGCAGCUCAGGAUCAUCGUCAGUGGCACACGAAAGAAGAAAAUGUUGGACAUUACCAGGGACAAACCGAUCAAAAUAGCCGUCAGAGUUCAGGUGCCGGUCCGGGAUCAUCCAAAGUUCAACUUUGUCGGCAAACUACUUGGCCCGAAAGGAAAUUCGCUGAAGCGGCUCCAGGAAGAAACAAUGUGCAAAAUGGCUGUCCUCGGCAAAGGCUCGAUGCGGGAUCGUAAGAAGGAAGAAGAGCUGCGACUGAGUGGCGACCCACGGUACGCACAUCUGUCGGAGGAUCUGCACGUGGAAAUAUCCACCUACACUGCCCCGGCCGAGGCCCACGCACGGAUCGCCUACGCCCUCGCCGAAGUUCGGAGGUUUCUCGUUCCGGACUAUCACGACGACAUCCGACAGGAGCAAAUGUGGGAGAUGCAGGCCCUGAACUCGGUCAAGCACGCUACCAAUGGAAGUUGCAACGGUGCCAGCAACGGCCUCCUGAAUGGGUCCAGUGGGGGUGGCACAGGCGGAGGAGGAGGUGGAGGUGGCGGGGGUGGCGUCAAUUCGUGUUCUCCGACGUCCCUCAGCACCACCAAUGGCAACCUGACGACGACGGCGGCGACGCUGAAUGGCAAUGGCUGUGGUGCAGGUCUUAAUGGUGCCGAAAUGAUGCACUGCAAUGGCAACGGACUGGAAUCGAACGGCGUCGGUGGAUCAACGACGACAAACGGAACGACGACGACGACGUCCUCCUCCCAGGAUGGCCAGAAUGGAGGCCAUUUGCAUUCCCAUCAGCAACAGCAACAGCACCCACAACAAUCUCACUCAGCCCACCACCCACACCAUCAGCAUCAUCAUCAGCAGCAGCAGCAGCAACAUCAGAAUCCACAUCAGCAGUUCCUUUCUUCGGCCGCCGACGUCGUCUCUGCAGCAACCGAUAUGAGCAAUCUGAUGCCGGUGGACGUCAACAUGACAUCGGCUAAUCACUUUGUGAACUCCCUGCCAACUACCGACAUCGAAGCUCAGACGCUGGCUUUUGUGGAAUCGACGAAUGCUUUCCUGCACCCGGCACUGCGAGGCGUUAAAGCUGUCAGCUUAGCUCGGAAACGACCCCUUCUGGGUGGCCCUCGGUCCAGCAUGAACCCGACCAAACGGACCGUAAUGACCCUGAUUGCCCGAGCCCGGACAGCCCAGGCCAUGCACGGAACGAGAGCUUCUGCCCCCAUCGGAGAGCCAAUCCAGGUGAUUACAUCGCCACUAAUCCUGCAGCCCCAGCUGGAUUUGCUUCAGACUAACGGAUCCGGAAGCCAGAAGGAGAACAUCCUGCAGGGAGCUUAAAAUGGCGCUUGGGUCGGCCCGGUCCGAUGGAUAUCAUCAUCAUCAUCAUCAUCAGUGUGAAUCGGAAACCCGCGCGGCCAGCACCUGGUUUUAGAGAGAUUAAUUGUUGGACGUUCAGUCGUUCGGUUGUGUUCUAAAGUAUCUGAAUCUACAUACAUGGAGAAGAGCAUAACUUCGCGAAACUACAAGCGAUAGUAAUUAAGACCAGAGGGAAAGAAAAAAAAAACCAGAAGCUCAACUGCUACUAUAGGAGAAACUCAGUACUUUUCUGGAACCACCUACAACUACCGCUGUUAGAAUUCACCCAUAUUUACCUUACAACAAACCCAACAAACUCAACAAACCACCAACCAAGAACAUUUAAAUAACUUCCGGGGAGCAAACACACCAUCAUUUUGGAAGACAAACGAGAGCAAACACUAGAGAAACGACAACAAGAAAAAAAAACUCAUUAGAACCAUCACCCUUUAGUAAACCGGUAGACCAGCCAGAGAGAAGAACUAAGACGGAACUCUAGCUGAUGCCAUGUAAAAUGCAGCGCUGUGGGCGAGAAUGAUAAAUGAACACUGCUUUCGAUGUGUUGAUUAAGUUAAAUUAGAGGUCAUGUUUUCUACUGUAAACCAUCAUUAGUAGUUGAAUUGGAGUCUAAAUAAUAUUGAAGCUUAAGCAAACCAGUACGAUAAACACUUUCUUCUGUGGAUCGCCACAAAAUAUUAAACAAAAAUGUCACUUAAAACAAAUGUAUUCGAUAAAUAAACGUCAAAGUUCAUCAAACCGUAGAUUGUCAAAUUUUAUCGUGAAUCGAAAAAGCAAAAAAAAACAUACUAACACACUUAAACUUAAAUUAUGAUAACUGAAUAAAUCUCCGUCAAACGAACGUUGUUAGAGCAAAUUUUAAACGAAAAUAAUUAAAUCUCACCCUAGAUGACCGUAAACUAUUUCUUUUGCUAACUGUGUUUUCCAGAGGUUUCAAAGCAAAUUAAAACAAAAAUUAACAAAAUCCCCCAAUUGUAACGACCCGUGUGUACAUCUUAAAUCAAAGAAAAAGUUAACCCUUAAACACGAGAAAUCACACCAUAAUUCAACACAACGAUUUAAGAGUAAAUAUUUAAACAUGCAUAUAUACAUAUUUAAAUAAAACACAAUGCAAACAAAUGAAAUAAGAAAAAUUAACAGAUUCGCACACAUUUGAAGAAGAAUAAUAAUUAUAGAUCAUUAACAACAAACACAACCACAACAACAAAACAAACCGAAAAAAACUACAUGAGAGCAGAAUAAACCAAAGCAAAUAUCACGAAUGAAUUCUUAUAAGAUAUAUUUAAAGUUGAACUAAUGACAUCUGAACAAAGGUCGGUUAUUGAGAAUGAAUAAAGGAGAGUAUAGAAGAGAAUCAAUCACUCACUUUAAAAGUUAUAUUGAAGGAGAGAGUUUAAAUUUAAGUUUUCACUGUACUAUAACCAAUGAUCGAUUAUUUUGUAUUGAAUUCUAUUUGUUGAAAACGGGUAGUCCGAUUGAAUUGAUGAUAUUUUGGAGCGAACAACUUACCUGCGUAGAUUUUUGUAACAAACCAAAGUUGUAUUCUGUGCCGUUUUUUAUCAUCUUUAUAUCGAAUCGCUCAAAUCGAGUGUGCUAGACAUAACUCAUCGAAACUGGAACAUUGUAACGCAUGAUUGUUACGGUUGUUUGUUUAUUUUCCUACCGAUAUUCACCAAUGUUCAUUAUCGUUUUUUAUAUGAGCUGUUUUGAGAUGCAACCAAAACGAAAUAUGAGAGGAAGAGAUGAGACGGAGAAAAAAAACAAAUCAAACAAACAAGCCUGCAGUUGGGCCAAAAUAAAUUAACACAACCAACCAAUGGAAUCUUAACAAACAAAAAACUCAAUAAAUGAAUCGUUUUUAUAUAAGUAAAACUAAACUGGAUGUAAACUAACCAAAGAUGGUCGUCGAAUGAUGCAGAUUAAUAAAAGUCACCUUUCCAAUUGAA